ACGAAGUAAAAGGGAUAGAGCUUCGGCCACUCGGCGGCCGCAUCAACAGAAGACAGAACCCUAGGAGCUAGCGUGGCGACGGCCGACCGGUGGCUGAGCAGAGCAGGGGACGAGCGGACGGCAAACUUGCGGAGGAGCGGGCGGCGGUGCCUCAGCACCGAUCUCCACCACCAGUCCACUAGCAGGACAGCCGCCGCUAGCAAGCCAUUUGUUCAGUGAUGAAGAAAGCUAGGAAGACCGGGCCGGAGGCGCAGACCAUGACCACCAUGUUGGGUUCUUCUGUUCAGUUCAGAAUAGACUACGAGCAAACCAAGCAGCUUCCCAUCGGCAAGGCCGUGCACUCCGACGUCCUCUCCGUCGGGGGACACAACUGGAGGAUUGAGUGCUACCCGCGUGGGUCACAUAAGGCACACAAGGGCAAGUAUCUCUCCAUAUUCCUCAAGCACAUGAGCAGAAACAGAAGAGUCAAGGCAAUCUUCGAGGCCUUCUUGAUGGACAAGGAUGACCAACCGUGUACCACGGCUACAACAAGGUCAUGCGUUCAUGAAUUCCCAAUCGAUGGUGACAGCGAUGCCGAUGAUGAUGAUGAUGUUGACUGGGGAUGGAGUCAGUUUGUCGACAGAACUAUGCUGGAGAAUGACUAUGUAACACAGGGACACAUUACAUUUGUGUGUGGCAUCAUGGUCAUAGAUGACAGCCCUAUUCCCGUGCCGCCGCCUGACAUUGGGAUCCAUUUUGGCCGUUUGCUAGAUCACACGGACGGGAUGGAUGUGUCAUUCACCAUCGACGGCCAGACCUUCCACGCUCACCGUGCAGUGCUUGCUGCCCGCUCACCGGUCUUCAGAGCCGAGCUCUUCGGCCCCAUGGCGGAGGCCACGAUGACAUCCAUCACGCUCCAAGAAAUUGCGCCUGCAACAUUCAAAGUUAUGCUUCGGUUCAUAUACACUGAUACGUUGCCUGGAGAAGAUGAGCUUGGGGACUCUUCCGCUGAGAUACUUCAGGAUCUACUUGCUGCGGCCGAUCGAUAUGCACUAGACAGGCUGAAGCUUAUGUGUGCCCAAAAGUUGUUGGAUAUGGUGUCAACAGAUACAGUUGCUACUACCUUAGCUUGCGCAGAAACAUACAACUGUCCCGAGUUGAAGAGCAAGUGCAUUGACUUCUUGGCGGUGCAGGAAAAUUUCCAGGAGGCCGUGUUCACUGAUGGUUAUGCACUGUUGGUUCUGAAAUUCCCAUCAAUUACUGCUGAGCUGAGAAAGAGGGUUAGGACAUAAUACAAUGAGAUUCAUCUGCAUGUGUAUAGUUCAGGUGGUGAGUGACAUCUGCUAUCUUUUCAAGCGUAAGACAACCCAGAUACAAAGUUAGUAUUGUGUCCUGUCCUGGAGCUUCUAAGAUAUAUAAUUUUUCUAUGCUGAUGCAUAACUAUCUAGCUGUCUGUAGUCUUAGCUCCAUAAGUACUAUAUAUAUGUCUUAUAUGCAAGCAUGUUGGAGGCUUGGAGAUCAGAAUGUCUUAGUUAUGUUGAUCCGCCAAAAUUCUAGGGUACUUCGUCUGCAUACUUCAGUGUGAAUUCUACUUGCCUGGAUGUCCCUUAAGCAACGCUUUCUUUAA